GUCCAUGAAAUUUUAAAUUUAAAGUACCACAUUCACCACACUAGCAUUGACCAGAUCAAUUGCUCAAUGCACAUAAAUAUUCAUUAUUUGAUUUAUCUGCUCUAUAUGAGUGCUGCCAUUUGCUAAGUUUUCAAACAAGAAACAACAAAAAAAACAAAUUCCAUGAUGGCUUUCGAUAUUGUUCUUGAGCUUGUGCUCAUCCCUCUGUCCCUGUUAAUCUUUCUCUACUUUGGUGUGAUGUGGAGAUGCAGCACCUCUUUGUUAACCAAUUGGCCCUUGGUGGGAAUGCUGCCUAGCGCGCUUAAGAAUGCUCACAGAGUGCACGACUUUGCUACAUGCAUUCUCCAGAAAAGCCACCAGACGUUUCAGUUCAUCGGGCCUAGUCUGGCUAACAUGAAUUUGCUUGUUACUUGUGAUCCUGAUAACAUCAACUACAUUCUGAGCAAGAAUUUCAAGAAUUACCCGAAAGGCCCCGAGUUCAGCAAGAUUUUUGAUAUACUUGGAGAGGGGAUGUUUAGUUCUGAUGGGCCUCUUUGGGAGGCUCAUCAUAAAAUUACCAUGUCACUUUUCAGUCAUGCAGAGUUUGAUCAGAUUUUGCAAAUGCAGGCCAGGGGAAAAGUGGAGAAAGGGCUGAUUUCGCUGCUUGAUCACGCGUCUAAACGUAAAAUUGAGGUGGAUCUGCAUGACAUAUUUCAGAGGCUCAAUUUUGAUAUUAUUUGUUCCUUGCUUUUAGACCAUGGUCCUCAGACUCAGAGCCUCUCCCUUGAUUUGCCUCAUAUGCCUAUCCAUACAGGUAUCGUAAAUGUUCAAGAAGCGGUGUUUUAUAGACAUGUGUUUCCUGAAACCAUCUGGAAGCUGCAAAGUUGGAUGGGAUUUGGGAAAGAAAAGAGUCUAAGCAAAGCUUGGGAAGACAUUGAUGAAUUCAUAUAUCAAUGCAUAUCCAGGAAGCGUCUGUCUCUGUCUGCAGCGGAGGAUAAUAAACUCGAUCUCUUAAAAGCUUACAUGGAAUUUGCUUAUAAGGAAAAGCCUAAAAAUCCUGAAAAUUUUUUAAGGGACACUCUGUUUAGUCUACUACUUGGUGGGAGAGAUACCACCAGUAUAGCUCUUUCUUGGUUCUUUUGGCUACUCUCAAAAAACCCUUUGGUGGAGUCCAAGAUUUUAGAAGAGAUCAAAACAAAUUUGCAUAUAAAAGAAGUAAAAAGUUGGAUGCUAUUUAACAAAAGGGGAGAGUUGCAGAAACUGGUCUAUCUGCACGGAGCUUUGUGCGAGGCUUUAAGACUCUACCCUUCCCUUCCUCUGAAUCACAAGUCUCCAGCACACCCGGACAUUCUUCCAAGUGGCCAUCGCGUGGAGAAGGACUCAAAAAUCAUAUUGUGUUUCUAUGCCAUGGGAAGAAUGGAGAGCAUAUGGGGAAAAGAUUGUUUGGAGUUCAAGCCCGAGAGAUGGAUAACUGAACGAGGAGGCCUUAAGCAUCAGCCUUCACACAAGUUUAUCGCUUUUAAUGCAGGGCCUAGGCUCUGUUUAGGGAGGGAAAUGGCGUUUACUGUAAUGAAGAUCAUCGCGACGACAGUCAUACAUGAUUACACCAUUCAGGUGGUUGAAAAUCAUCCGGUUGUCCCAAGUGAUUCUGUGGUUCUGGACAUGAAAUAUGGCUUAAAAGUCAGGGUAUGCAGAAGAAAUGCAUGCAUGCCUGGUUCUCUAGAAUGAAGAGAGUGGUUCAUAUAUUUCAAAUCAGUUGUUGCAUAGUUGUCUGUAUUUCAAAUAAUUUGUAAUGGAACACAUGGCUAUAUAUGGUGC